AUGGCGUCCAAGUCGACUGCGCUGAACGGCGCGGCCAUCUUCGCUGGCGGUGCCUUUGUUGGGACGAGUCUGUAUGCGCUAGCUCGCUCGUACCUGUCGAACCACACUGGCAAGCAGAACCCCGUCAGUGAUGUGUCUUCCGCCGCUCGGCAGGCUCUCGAGUCUACGACCUUGGCCAAGGCCGAUGGCGCGGUCGAUGACGCAGACCUGUACGUCGCGCCUUCGAAGGAUGUGAAGCCGGAGCUCCUGUACAACACGGCCGGCGUUAUGGGAAUUCCCUAUGAGGCUCGUCCGACCCUGCAGGCCGUGCCGACGCUCGACACUCGCACGGAUGUGGGCGACAAUGAGCCUGUUUCUCUGGCGCUGCAUCCUGUCUCGCUGGAUCAGGUAGCCUUUUGCGCCAGCCUGCAUGCCGUGGACAUGCUUGUGUGGGAGAACAGCGGUACCGUGUUUACCUACGAGAGUGCCGCCACCGGUUUUGGCACCUAUUGUGAGGCGCAGGCCGAGAGCACCGAGGGCCCGCAGGUGCUUCGCAUGCAGACGCGGGCAGGAGCAGGCCAGGCCAUCGCUGGUUUCCUUGCCGGCGAGGGCUCUGCAGCGCGCCCCGCCGGCGAACGAACGACCGUGUCCGUGCUGACGAACGCCGAGGGUCUCCUCGCGAUGGGCCCUGCGCUCGCGAGUGUGUCGAUGGACGGUACGGACCUCGUCGUGCACGUGUCCAGUGCGUCGCAGGCGACUCGCGACGAUUUGAGCGUGACGAACGACUAUGCGUCGGCGCUCUCCACGGCGGUCAUGCUCGGUGACCUCGGUUACGAGGUGCUGCUCUCGGCGACCCCACAGGAGUCAGUCGAUAUGGCCAAGUAUGCAUAUGCCCGCACCACCAAGAAGCCACUCGUGCAUAUCUUUGACGGUGCAUAUGCUGCAUGUGAACGCCGCGUCCUUUCGCCGCCCUCGUCCAGCGCGCCGGAGCCGUUUGCUUACACAGGUCCCUCGGCGCCGGAGACAGUGCUGAUCAUGGCAAACAGCACGCAGUCGUACCAUGCGCGCGCCUUGUUGCUCUCGCUUCCCCCUGCGCUGCGCAGCAAGGUGGGUGUCGUGAGUGUGCGUGUGCUGCGUCCUUGGGGCGCCGAUGCGCUGCGCCAGGUCUUGCCCUCCAGCGUGAAGACACUGCGCGUCGUGGAAGAGGCAUUUGCAGCGUGGGGCGGUGCCCUGUACGCGGACGUUCUUGAGGCUGCACUGAGUGGUGCACUGGGCUCGUCUGCGCCAGCUGUGCAGUCACUGGUGCUGGCGCCUGGCCAACAGCUCGACGUGUAUGCGUGGGUCGAGCUGCUGCAAGCGCUUGCGCAGACCUCCGAGCCGGUAGCGCUGGCGCCUGUGCUCGAAGCAGCCGCGCGCCGCGAGGCCAAGAUUCUCGAUCUGCUCUCGCUGUCGGGCUCGGGCUCUCAGCUCAUUACCUUCUUUGGUGCGGACACGGGCUGUACGCCUGCGGCAGCGGCCUUGCUGGCCGAUGCAUUGAGUGGAAACAAGUCUGAGCACGUGCGCUUACUUGCGCGCUACGACAACUACGCUGCGGAAGGGGCUGUGCGUACCGAUUUGGUCUUUUCGGAGCGUCAGGGCGCCGAGAUCCCGAUGGAAGUGCUCACGCGCGAUGCGCAGUCCCACAUUGUGGUGAUCAGCGAUCCGACAGCGUUGCUGCGCGGAUACCGCCUGCUCGACGCUCUGCGCCCUGAAGGCACGCUCGUGCUGCUUGCCUCGGCAGAGACCACCGAUGAGGUGGCCAACUUGCUCAGUCCCGCGGACCGGCAGUGGCUGGCGCGUCAGCGCGUGCGUGUGUGUGCGGUUGAUGCGCAGGGCGUUGCUCACACGCUUCUCGAGUCGCUGCAGGGCGGCAAGGAAAAGAGCGAUGGCCCGUCGGCCGCAGACCUGGCCUCGUCGGUGGUGGCCGCUGGCGUCACUAGUGUGGUGCCGGCACUGCGCACGCGCACGCGUCGUGCGCCGUUUGCGAAGGACCACGCGCUAGAACAGGCGAGUGCACGCGCCGUCUUGAACGUUGACACGGCCGACUGGGCGGACGCGACGAUGAGCGACGAGGAGAAGGCGGCGGCGGAUGCGCGCGCGGCGCACCUGGCGUACAACAAUGUUCGCCCCCAUGCCACAUCGGCGGGCUCAGCCCACGAGGUGACGCGUGCGUCGUGGGCGCUUGCGGCGUGGCAGUUGCUCUUCCGUGAGGCGUACGCGACGAACGAGUCAGCGCUGCGUCCCGACCUGCCCGAGAAGACGUACAAUCUCACGGUGUCAGUGAACAAGCGUUUGACACCGCUGGAGUACGACCGCUACCUGUUCCAUCUGGAGUUUGACACGACGGGUACGGAUCUCAAGUACGAAGUCGGUGAGGCGCUGGGUGUGUACGGUUGGAACGACGACGACGAGGUGCUGGAGUUUAUUCGCUGGAGCGGAUACAACCCCGAGGAGCUGGUGUGUGCGCCGAGUGUGACGCACCCUGGCACGGUGGAGACUCGCACUGUGUACCAGACGCUGCAGCAGAACCUGGACAUAUUGGGCAAGCCGCCGAAGAGCUUCUUUGAGGAGCUUGGCAAGGUGGUUGCGAGCCAGGACGAGGCCAAGUGGAUCCGCUUUAUCAGUUCUGCCGAGGGUGCGAGCACGUUCAAGAUGCUGUCGGAAUCCGAGACAGUGACGUACGUCGAUGUGCUGCACAUGUUCCCGACUGCGCGUGUCAGUAUGGACUGGCUCACGAAGCACGUGGAGCCGAUCAAGCCUCGCCACUACUCGAUUGCAAGUGCGCAGGUCGCGGUCGGCAACUCGGUGCACCUGCUUAUCGUUACAGUCGACUGGAAGACACCGCGUGGUAGCCUGCGUUACGGCCAGUGCACGCGCUACCUUGCGCGUCUGCAGCCGGGCACCAAGGUGACGGUGAGCCUGAAGCCGUCGCUGAUGAAACUGCCACCGCACGAGACGCAGCCGAUCAUUAUGGCCGGUCUAGGUACCGGCGCCGCGCCGUUCCGUGCAUUCUUGCAGGCGCGUGAGCACCAGCGCCGCCAGGGCAAGCAGAUUGGUCCCAUGUACUACUACUUUGGCUCGCGUCACCGCUCCAUGGAGUACAUGUACGGCGAGGAGCUGGAGGCGUACCUGGCUGACGGCGUGCUGACCCACCUGGGUCUUGCGUUCUCGCGCGAUCAGGAGAAAAAGGUGUACAUUCAGCACAAAAUUGUCGAGGACGGCAAGCAGCUCACUGAGUUCCUAGUGCCGGAACUUGCGACCAAGGGUCAGCCUGUGGACGAAAGCAAACGCGGUAUCUUUACGCUGUGUGGUCCUGUCUGGCCUGUGCCUGAUAUCCACGAGGCGCUGGUCACCGCAUUCAAGAACCACGGCUGGACGCAGGAACAGGCCGAGGACAAGCUUGCCGAGCUCAAGGACGAGGAGCGCUACGUUCUGGAGGUGUACUAA